AUGACGACUCUGACUCUUCCAGAACUUGAGGCACAUCUUGGUGGACUUGGAAUGAACAUUCCCAUCCCCAAAUUCCAAGCGGUAGAAGUUCUUAACAGACCUUUGGAUAUUGCUCGAGCCUACUUAACAGAUAUCCUCAGCAACCUUGCUGAAUGUGACCCAGAUGUGGCGUACAAGUCCAUAUAUUGGCCCAAUAAUAUUUUCAAUGGAGAUCUGGUCGUUAUAUUACCGAAGCUCAGCCGUGAUGCAGACUUCAAAACUGUUGCCUUGCGUCUAACUCAAAAGUUCAAAUGUCCGCUUUUUAUCCUUCCUUUUCAAGAUGGAGUUCAUCUUCGGAUCACAUUCAGCUCACAGAUGCUUCCGCGUUUUUUACUUCCAUACAUAUACGAUCGCCUCAACAUCUAUGGAAGACACCUUGCUCUUGGAAUUCGGGAUCAUUCAUCCCCAGAAUUGGAAAGGAAGAAACUAGUGGUGGAGUUCUCAUCUCCUAACAUUGCCAGCGAAUUCCAGGCCAAACAUUUCAAAAGCACCAUCUUCGGGGCCCACGUUGCCUGCCUGUACGAAAGCAUGAACUGGGACGUCGUCAGACUAAACUACCUAGGUGAUUGGGGCAAGCCGAUUGGGCUAUUAGGUGUUGGGUGGGAGAAGUUCGGCUCAGAAGACGAGUUCCAGGUUAACUCGGCCCGACAUCUGUUGGAGAUUUAUCAUAAAAUUCAGGAGCUGUUUAUUCCUCAGCUAGCGGCUAGUAAGAAGAUACGGGAUGAGGGAGGAGAUCCGGCUGAGGUAGAAAGCCAGGGCUUAUUCGCUGAACGAAACGCGUACUUUAAGAGGAUGGAGGAUGGCGAAGAGCAAGCUAUUGCAUUGUGGAAGCGUGUUCGUGAUGUUAAUAUCGAGAAUUACACCAAACUCUACUCGCGACUGGGCAUCACGUUUGAUGAGUAUUCGGGCGAAUCACAAGUGAGUCUAGAGGCGAUGACUGAAGUCGAAGAGAUCCUCAAGAGUAAAGGGCUCACUGAGGAAAAAUCUGGAUCUUGGAUGAUUGACUUAACCAAACAUGCUGGUAAAAAGCUUGGCACAGCGAUUAUUCGUGACCGAACCGGAAGUAGUACUUACCUGCUAAGAGACCUCGCUGCUGUCUUGGAGCGCUUUAGAAAGUAUUCGUUUGAUAAGAUGAUCUAUGUAGUCGCAGCAGACCAACACACCACCCACUUUGCGCGACUUUUCAAGAUAUUGGAACUGAUGGACAUGCCUGAUCUUGCUUCUAGGUUGCAGCAUGUUCAAUUCUGCGAUAGUAUGAAUGUUUCGCAGCAAGUCCAGGACAAACUGGACCUGAUGAACACAAUGCCAGAUGAAAUCCUCGCCGAAUGUGAGAGAGCAAUUCAGAACUCUCUUGAGAAGAACCCUGAAAAAGCGACUCCCCUAGUCGGAAAGAACGAUGUGGAAACAAUCCCCAUGAUUGUGACUAAUGCUCUCAUAGCUGAAGAGCUCUCUUCUCGAAGAGCCAACAACCACGCAUCGUUCGACAUUAGCAGAAUACAAUCCUUUGAGCCUGGUACAGGUCUGGACCUACAAUACUGGUAUGCCAGGCUGUGUUCCAUAGUUGAGACAAGCUAUCUAGAAAGUAGCACAAGUCUUUCGGAGGAGGAAUGGGAGUCUCUUGAACAAGAGGACGAGGUCGACCUCCUUCGUCUAUUGGUUCAAUACCCUGAUAUCACAUAUUCCGUUUAUGAAACACUGGAGCCAGCAACAGUUUUGACGUAUCUCAGCAACGUCACUGCGCAGCUAUCAAUGAUCAUUCCCGAUAAUGAAGAGGAUGGGUCUGUUGCCAGUCCGGCCCACGCUACGCUGUAUGAAGCCACGCGAAGAGUAUUGGAGAGCGGAAUGAAGCUACUCGGCAUGAAUUUUGGCAAAUAA